AUGGCCGGCAACACGUUUGCUAAUCUGUGGAAACUCGCCUCUCAAAAAUGCAAUAACUUUCUCCUUCCAGGUUCAUCUCGGUGCUCUUGUUGUAAAUUCCUAGUCGAUGGCUACUUUGUUGGCCUCAUUCGACCCGAUGUGAUUCCAUCACUUUUAACUUUUCCAAGUGUGUUUGUGUGGACCGUUCAGCCGGAAACUGGUGAACGAUGCAUCACUUUGCAUCCAGCCCUCAACACUUUUGACGCGCGUAGUUCAGCGGUCGGGGAUGUGAUGCUUGAUCUACGAUCUACCAAGACUUUCAAAGCGUUGGACGGCUGGAGAAACGAGGAUUACGGUGUUUACAUAGGAGAUCGCCAACAGCCGUUGUUGCGCCUUGAACGAUCUGCUUCUUCGUUACUCGGCGUGGUCCGUUACGGGGUGCAUGUGAACGGAUAUUUCAUCAAACGUCCUCACGAUCUGAAUGGUCUCAAACAUUCCACAUCCAAUGGAUCCACUGUGGGCAAUGGGAAAAGGUCAUCUAGUCCCGUCUCAAAGGGUCUUGUCUGGGACCGGGCCCUCGGUGACCAUGAUCCAUCCACUGUGAUGAUGUGGCUUGGGGUACGUGCUAUGAAUAAACCCACUUGGCCGGGGAUGCUGGACAAUAUGGCUGCCGGUGGUUUAACUUUCGGACUGGAUGCGCUGGGUUGCGCUCGUAAGGAGUGUCAAGAAGAGGCCAGUGUUCCCGAAGACUUACUGAAUACGUUGACUGCUGUCAGUCGUCUGAGUCCAGUCGAUCUGGGUCUUCCAGCUCACUCUGCAAUGCGUUCGUGCUACAGCCUGAGAUUCCGUUCGCUUCGUGUUAGUUAUGUGUUCGAGGACGAGCGUGGUGUCUGCCCACAAGUUGAAUACUGCUACGAUCUGGAACUACCGGAUGAUUUUGUGCCUGUCGGUGCAGACGGUGAAGUGGACAGUUUCCAUUUGGUCAGCAUUACUCAGCUAAAAGAUCUCAUCUUCAGUGAUCGAUUCAAGGCCAAUUCUGCCCUGGUGAUUCUCGAUUUUCUCUACCGUCAUAAAUUUAUCGAUCCAUCAUCCGGUGGAAUUGGAUCUAUACUUUGGAUAACAGCGGCUCAGAUGGGGACUGGCUCGGCUCCGAAGAUAGUUUGGAUGAAACGAUCAAAACUAGCAGAUGUGACCCAGCCUUUGAAGUGUCACUACAAGAGCACCAAUGGAUACGGUUGUAUAGCAAUCAAGAAUUGA